CGUCGCUCACGUUGCGUCCGUCUGCGUGAUCCAAUCUUGCAUCGGCUAACCUGAAUGCUAAGUAAGCUAAAGAGUUUUAGCUCCAAGCGCCGUGUUCUGAAUAAAAAACGCUCCGAUUUAUGUGAACGCACACACAGACAGGACGUGUCCGCGGAGAGCUUUCUCCGCUUCGAGGUUUCAUUGAGCCAAACGAGGGGGAAACCGCGAGGCUACCAAGGGUCUGUGAUUGGAAACACGUGUCUGGAAGAAAGCAAUUCAAGGCGGGCAAAACAGCGACCUGUACCCGCUCCGACAGCCUGGAGCAGAUGGUCAGACUGUGAAACCAAAGCCAGGACAGGGACCCCUAAGUAAGCUGUGAGGAUCGUGUCAAAUUGUGAAUUCUUCAGACCUCAUGUUAUUUCACCUUUCCACUUCAAGGUGAAAUUGUCUCAGCUAACAGCGGCUGGAUCAUGGCCCGGAAACCAUGUAGCUCCGUGUGUCGGUUUGUUGCUAAAUGCUGCUACAUUUGAGCCGUCUCGCUCACACUUGGCUCUCCGGAAAGCGUUCUUCACUCUCUGCCAAAUGCACCGAGCACAGAGCCAGCGGAGCAAAGCGAAAUACUUGAAGAGGAGGAAGGGAUCCAUUUCUUUAAUCAAUGGGGUCUCUCACAUGUCCAGGCGAGCCAAGAGGCGCUUGUACUGUAAACUACAGCUUUGGAUGUGGAGGAAGUGGAGAGAGAAGUGCCACUUUGGGAUAUUUAGAGCUAAAAAACGCUUUGGCUCGAGCCCCGGCCUCAGUUUAAAGACACAAAAAAAUAAAAGGAAAGCGUACCAAGCGCUGAAUGCAGCAAAAACAUCAGUCCUUGUGUCAGCUCUUGGAUGUGAUACUGGAGGUUCAGAGGCUCCCCGUAAAAGACAGAACCAGGAUGUGAACACAGAUGCUGCUGCAGGUACUGAUGGUGAAACCAUUACAGGAGAAACUUUGGUACACAUUAGUGAAAUUAGAGAGCCUUUAAGACACUGUCAUAGUAUCCAAUCUUCAUUAAAUGCAGACAGUUACACAUGUGAAGACGUCACACAGAGCAGGGUACCAGGAACAACUCCUGCACAAAGACUCGAGGUUGGCAGCCCAUCAGCACAGACUGCUGGUACUCCAGGUCAGGACCAGAGUACAGUCACAGAUACUGAUGAGACCAUCAGUAGUAAAAAAACAGUAUCCCCUCACACUGAUGUCAGCCUGAACGCACUGACGAAGGACAUCCACGAGUUUCUUGAUGACUUCUACAUGAAAUAUGGAAGCUUAAUCCCAUUACGUAAGAACGACGUCUUGAGGCAUCUCAAGGGGAAGUUUUACACUGGUUUAAGUGACAGGAAAAACACAGUCCUCUCUGAGGUUACCAGAUACCGAGCUGCGAUCCUCCAGAAGCCCGUCCCGUCUUUUCAGGUGGUCUACAAGAAACACACGUUGACUCUGGACGAUUUGUUGACGCUGGCAGAUCAGAACUGGCUCAACGACCAGGUUAUGAACAUGUACGGGGAACUGAUCAUGGAUUCUUCCCAGCAGAAGGUCCAUUUUCUCAACAGUUUCUUCCACCGGCAGCUGAUGACCAAAGGAUACGAUGGUGUUAAGCGAUGGACGAAGCAGGUGGAUUUGUUUUCUAAGAGACUUCUUUUGGUGCCUAUCCAUCUGGAGGUUCACUGGUGUUUGGUGACUGCCGACAUCGUCCAAAAGAAAAUCUGCCUUUAUGACUCUCAAGGGAACGGGCUCCAGAAAGUUGGAAGGAACAUCCUGAAAUACUUGAUGACCGAAGCAAAAGAAAAGAAGCAAACUGCUUUUGAAAGCGGUUGGACGGUGGCGUUCGAUGAGAAAGUCCCGCAGCAGACCAACGAGAACGACUGCGGAGUUUUUGUUCUGGAGUAUUCUAGAUGCCUUGCUCUGACAAGACCCCUCCACUUCUCACAAAAAGACAUACCAAAGAUACGAAAGAGGAUCUACAAAGAGCUCUGCGACUGUAAGCUCCAUGAACAGGACUGAUGAGUCAUUAACUUGUUGGAUGGAUGUGUUUUGGUAUAAAAAUAACAUAAUAAGCAACUUAAAGAAGUCCAGAUGCUUUUCUUUCCA